AUGGGUGUACCACAGCCUCGUGUUGUCAAGUUCAUCAAUGCCCGGCUGCUCCGGAAUGGUCAUCUGUUGCAAGGCGAUCUCUGGAUCUCAUCCGAGACUGGACGGAUCAUCAGUCCUCAGUCGGCCUUUUACUCCUCCCACCUGACGGCUGACCAGACAAUUGAUCUCCAGGGAAAGAUCCUGGCCCCGGGCUUCAUCGAUGUCCAGAUCAACGGCUCACACAAUUUCGACUUCUCCACGCCGGAUGGUGACUUCAUUGCCAAGCUGGAGUCCACAAACAGACAAAUGAUCAAGACAGGUCUCACUUCAUAUGUCCCCACUGUUAUCAGUACAACGCCUGAUGCGUAUCGUGCUGUGCUACCACACCUUGGUCCUUCUGGAAAGGACCGGGAUCCGUCCAAAGGCACAGAGAGCUUAGGUGCCCAUAUCGAAGGCCCUUUUCUUUCACCACUGCGAAAUGGGAUUCAUAAUCCAGAAGUUCUUCAACAGGCUGAGUCGUGGCUUGACAUCGAAAGAUGCUAUGGGGCUUCAAAUCUGAAGAAUGCUCGGUGUAUCACCGCUGCCCCAGAAAGGGGGAACAUGAUGAGCUUGAUUCCUGAGUUCGUUUCGAGAGGCAUUGUCUUUUCCGUGGGACAUUCGGAUGCUACUUUUGAACAAGCCCAGACAGCGGUGGCUGCGGGUGCCUCAAUGGUUACACAUCUGUUCAACGCUAUGCGGCCGUUUGGUCACCGCGACCCCGGAAUCUUUGGGCUAUUGGGACAAUCCACUCCUUCGACUCCCAUCGCCACACCCAAGACGAGUCGCCCUGCAAGUGUAUCGAAUUCCCCACAAGGCUCGCCGAGGUCCUCAAGACGAACCUCACCUCGUUCCAGCCUCAGCAUCAGUACCUCCGUAUCAGAGCUCGAUGAUGAGGCACGCUACAAGCAACCCUUCUUUGGCCUGAUUGCUGAUGGCAUCCACUUGUCGGCACAGACUCUCAAGAUCGCAUACUCAGCACAUCCCGAUGGCGCCAUCAUAGUCACUGAUGCGCAAAAGUUUGCAGGAUGUCCUGAUGGGGUCUACGAGUGGAGGGGUGAAGACCGCUUCAUCAAAGAAGGGAAAUUGCUUCGACUUGAGAGCAAUGGUCGGAUCGCUGGAAGUGUUGUCGACCUCAUCGACUGCGUGAAUAACUUCAAACGAUACACUGGAUGUGGCUCAGCCAAAGCGCUGGAGUGCGUGACGAGUACGCCGGCGAAAAUGUUGGGCAAGGACAUCGAGUCGAGGAAAGGCGGGUUGGGGGUUGGGAUGGACGCUGAUCUCGUCGUGCUUGAUGAAGGGAUUGAUGGUGACCUGUCGGUCGUACAGGUAUGGAAGUUUGGAGUUCAGGUUGCUUGA